AUGUCAUCAUUUCAGUUGCAGAAUGCAGAAGUAUUGGCAAGAUUGAAGCCUUUUGGUAUUCUGUUUGAAAAAUCACUUAGUGAUUUAAUCAAAGGAAUCAGAUCAUAUUCCAAAGAAUCCGCCGAAAGCUUACUGGCAUUCUUGGAUUCUGCAAUUAUGGAAUGCAAAAAUGAAUUGAGUACAACUGAUCUAGAGACAAAAGCUAUGGCAAUAUUGAAGUUAACAUAUUUGGAAAUGUAUGGCUUUGAAAUGUCAUGGUGUAAUUUUCAAAUUUUAGAAGUUAUGUCUUCAAGUAAGUUUCAACAGAAAAGAAUUGGCUAUUUGGCAGCAAUACAGUCAUUCAAAAACGAACAAGACUUAUUAAUUCUUGCUACUAAUCAAUUUAAGAAGGAUUUAAACUCGCAUAAUCAUAUCGAAAUAGGUCUUGCAUUAAGUGGAAUUGCUACAAUUGUGACACCCAAUUUAUCAAAAGACAUAAACGAUGAUGUGUUAAUUAAAUUAAAUCAUUCCAAGCCAUAUAUUCGUAAAAAGGCCGUGUUGGCAAUGUACAAAAUAUUCCUACAAUACCCAGAUAGUUUAAGGAUGAACUUUAAUAGAAUCAUAGACAAAUUGGAUGACUCUGACAUUUCUGUAGUAAGUGCUACCAUUAAUGUGAUUUGUGAGAUUUCAAAGAAGAAUCCAAAUGUAUUUGUCACUUACUUGCCAAAAUUUUUCACAAUUUUAGAAGGGACUAAAAAUAAUUGGCUAAUUAUCAGAAUUCUCAAAUUGUUUCAAAGCUUGUCAAAAGUUGAGCCAAGAAUGAAAAAGAAAAUAUUGCCAACCAUAAUGGAAUUAAUGUUAAAAACCCAGGCUUCUUCUUUAAUAUAUGAGUGCAUUAAUUGUAUUGUCAAUGGUUCAAUGUUGUACCCAGAUUCGUCUAAAGACAGAGAAACUGCCAAAACAUGUAUCGAGCAAAUCAUGAAUUUUUUCGAAACCAGAGAUUCUAAUUUAAAAUUUGUUGGCUUAUUAGCUUUAAUUAACAUUCUACAAAUAUUUCCUGAUUUGAUGCAUAAAGUGAAAGGUGUUUCACAAGUGAUUAUGGAUUGUCUUACUGAUAAUGACCUUAUUAUUAAACGAAAAGCAUUGGAAGUCAGUUCUAGUUUAGUUACCGAAGAUAAUAUAACUGAAUUAGUUAAGGUGUUAUUAGUUCAAUUAAUUCCUUCUGAAACAACUGCAAUCCCUGAAACUUUGAAAUUAGAAAUAACUAUGAAAAUAUUAUCAAUAUCCUCAAAAGAUAAUUACUCCAAUAUUCCUAACUUCAAAUGGUAUAUUGCAGUGUUGAAAGACAUGAUUAACUUAACUUUAUUACCAUUAUCUUCUAUAAAUAAUGCAACUAUUUCCCAAAGCAUCUCCAAUUCUAUAGCGAGUGCUAUUGGUAAGGAAUUUAAAAUAUUAGCCACAAGAGUACCAUCUAUUAGAUCAGCAAUUCUUAAUAAAGUCAUUUCUGAUGCUGUUCAAGAUGUUAGAAUCUUGGAAAACUGUCCAUUACUAUUAAGAGACUUUUAUUGGAUAAUGGGAGAAUACAUUGAUGAAUUUAGGAUUACUUCUGAUGAAAGUGAUGAAGAUGAAGACAUAAGCAAUGUUACCAGUGAGGUAGAUAUUGGGAAAUUGAUUCAAAUUUUCAAUACACUCGUAAAUAAUAAAAUUGAUUGUAAACUAAACUUAGUAACUUCACUCAAUUUUCCAAUAUCUGCUAAACUUCUUAAGUUACAACAAUCUGAAGUUCUUGUUGUCUUGAUCCAGGCAUUAAUUAAAUUAUAUAACGGAAUUGUUACUGGUUACAAUUCUGUUAAUGGAUCCAUAACACAGGAGAAUUAUAAACAACUCAGUUACUUUUUAUUUAAAUUGAUUAAUUUUUUAGAGAACUGGGAGUAUCACUCUAAUUAUGAAGUUCAGGAACGUGCAUUAUCUUGGUUAGAGUUCUUGAAACUAUGUUUAGAAGCCAUGGUCAAAAAUAACUAUGCGGCCAUUGAGAAGUUAGAAAGUGAAGAAGUAGAAUAUUAUAAGCAGUUAGCGUUAGCUGAAAAGAAAAAGGACGGUGAAAAUGAAUCCCUUAGCGACAGUGACGAUGAUGAUGAUGAUGAGGAAAUUGAUGAUCAGGAAGAUAGUGAUGAGACCAGUGACGAAGAUGCUAGUGAUGAAGAGGCUAGUGAUGAAGAGAGUAGUGAUGAAGAAGAUAAUGAAGAAAAUAGCUUAAAAACUGAUACAAAAAUCCACUUAAGCAAAAAUUAUGAAAACUUACUAUCACUGGAUGAAGAAAAAGAGGACGCUAAUGCAAUUGACCUGAAUGGUGCUGCAUUCAAUAGCUCGUCUAUAGAGAAUGCCCUCCAAUUGACUGAAGACUAUUCAUCGCACUCUCCAGAGUCAUUUAAUGAGCAAUUACCAAUGUUAUUAACACAUGUUUUACCUUCAUUCUUUAAAUCCUAUCCAUUAAAUCCAAUUUCCUGGAAUUCUCAACGCAAGAUUCAAAUUCCUCAGAGUUUGAAUUUAGAUAAUCAAAUUAAUGUACCUCCAAUCGAAAAAUUAAGUGAAGAUGAAGACAAUGAUGAAGAUUCUUAUUCUAUGUUUUUGUCGGACGAUUCUUCUAUACACGAGUCGGAUUAUCCUUUAAUAAAUCUUUCUAACGAAGGGAGUCAGGAGGAUCUCAGAAAAAAACAGGAGAGAAUCGAGAGGUUAAAAGAUGAUCCAUAUUAUAUUACCUCGACAAAUAAUAAGAAGUCUAAAUCAAAAUCCAAGUCAAAUAAACUUCUUGUGGCAGAUGAUGAGAAGCAAUCAAGUCCUGAUUUUAAUGAGAUUUCUUCAAUUCAUUCCGGCCAACAAUUAAAAUCAAAGAAACCUAAAUCCAAGAAAGUGAAGAAAGAAAGGGUAGUUAUUUUAUCUGAAGAAACUAUUGAAGGUUCAAAUAAUGAGCCAGAGCCUGAAGUAGUUCAACCGUCAAAACCUAGAAAGAAGAAUGUUUUAAAUAUUGAUUCUUCAAAUUUAAAUAAUUUUGAUUUGAAUUCUUCAUCAAUUUCAGAUACUGCAUCGACAAUAGAACCUAAGAAUAAGCCUUAUGAAUACGAUAUUGAUUUGGAUGACUUGAGGACUAAAUUGGCAGAAUCGUCGAUUGGCAAGAAACCAAAAAAAUCUAAGAAAAGUAAAUCUAAGAAAAAAGAGAAAGAUGGUGGUGACAAAAAAAUUACAAAUGAGGAUGCGUCUAAUGCAGGGAAUUCUACGGCUGCACAAGAGCAUCCUUCUACUACUGAAGAUAAUAUAAUUUCAGUUAAAAGGCCUAAGAAGACGAAGAAGAAAAAUAAGGCAAUAAUUCUAGAACAAUGA